UUAUUAAGUGACAAGGUCUUUGCAGCGAUCGAGAGAUUCGCUCUUUCUGCGUCGCACCGAAAACCGCCGAGGGGUUUCCUUGUCAGUUUUUUUCUUCACAUUUCGGCCUCGCAACUCUAUUCUUUGCGUGCGUGUGAGAGAGCGAGUCACGUGUCCGCAGCUCAGCUGGGCCGAGAGAUCGAUCGCUGAAGAAAGGUGAAGAGCGAGAAGUCGCGGCGGCGGACGCAAGAUGAACGGUUCGGACUUUGUGCUGCUGCUCGUCUUUGCGGUGUCGGCGGGUUCGAGUGCAAGGGUCGUCGACCCCGCGCCCAUCAGACACCCCGUCAUUUUGGUGCCUGGAGACGGAGGAAGCCAAAUUGACGCCAGACUAAACAAGACUGAGGUGGUGCAUUAUCUUUGCGAAAAAACGACUGGCGACUUUUUCAACACAUGGCUCAACCUGGAGCUGCUCGUCCCCGUCGUCAUUGAUUGUUUGGUGGACAACAUGCGUCUGGUGUACGACAACACAACACGGACGACCAGCAACUCUCCGGGCGUGGAAACAAGAAUUCCAGGCUUCGGAAACACGAGCAGCGUUGAAUGGCUCGACCCGACGGAAUUGUCGCCCACCAAGUAUUUCAACCCCAUUGCUGACAUUUUAGUGAAAAAGCUCAACUACUCGAGAGGCGUCAACUUGCACGGGGUGCCUUACGACUUCAGGAAAGCGCCCAAUGAGCUGGGGGAGGUUUUUGUCAAAAUGAAAGCGCUAAUUGAGGAGACGGUGGCGCGGAACGGGCAGAGUGCUGUGAUUGUGACCCACAGCAUGGGCGGCCUGUUGGCCCUGACCUUCCUCCAGCUGCAGAGCCAGACCUGGAAGGACAAGCACGUCAAGUCGCUGGUCACCCUGGCAGCGCCCUGGGGCGGAUCCGUCAAAACCGUCAAAGUGUUCGCGAUUGGUGAUAAUUUGGGCGUGUUUGUGUUGAGCGGAGGCACGUUGAGGGACCAGCAAAUCACGUCGCCCUCGCUCGCGUGGCUGCUGCCGUCGCCGCUCUUUUGGAAACCGGACGAGACGCUCGUCGUCACUCCGCAGAAAAAUUACUCCCUCACCAAUCUCAGAGACUUUUUCGACGACAUCGAUUGGCUCACCGGAUGGGAGAUGAAAAAGGACACGGAAAAAUAUGUUCUGAAUUUCACUGCGCCGGGGGUCGAGGUCCAUUGUGCGCACGGAGUCGGCGUGAAAACCGUGGAAAAGCUCAAAUACACAAAGGACAAGUUCCCAGACUCGACCCCAGACCUGAUCAUGGGUGAUGGAGACGGAACGGUGAACCUGCGAAGCCUCGAGGGCUGCACCAAGUGGACGGAGGCGCAAAACGCCGGCAAGAAAAUUUACCACCAAACCUUCCCCGGGCUGGACCACAUGGACGCGCUAAGAGACAAAAUCAUUGCUCAGUUUGUUCACGACUUGUUGCAAAUAAAAUUAAACGUGCCAUAAUUAGAUAAAAAAGAAAAAAAC